GAAUGGCUGCGAUGWAAGAGGGCGACAUAGGUUUCAGAGUAGUUAAAUGAAGCUACUUUAGCCCAGAAAAAAGUGCAGAGACUCAUGUUUUAGCAGGAAUAAUGCUCUCCAUGUUCCAAUACAACUCCUGGAGCUAACCUGUGAUUUACGUGGACGGAGGAACGUCCGAAGUCUCGAGCAGACUUGAAAUUAACUCGAAAAAUAGCCAAAAUGGAGAGUCACCAUGGAGCGGCGUCGGCAAGAGACUGCGUGCUCGACUUUUCGCGUCUGAGUUUGACCAGUUUUAACGUGGACAGUGUCAGCGACGACAGGAAGAAAGACACGAAACAGCUCUACCUGAACUACAACCGACUGACCUCACUUCCCUCGUCGGUGAGUCUUUUCUACAACCUGGAGUUUUUGGACAUCAGCAACAACGGACUGACGGUCAUCUGUGAGGGCAUAACUCGAUUAGCGAAGCUUAAAACACUUUUAGCCAAAAACAACCGGCUGGACGAGUUUUCUCUGCCCAAGGAGUUCGGCUCUAUGCGGCUGGAAGUGUUGAACUUUAGUGGGAACCGGUUUGAGGAGAUCCCUCUGCAGUGCACUAAACUGGUCCAUCUACAGUCGCURUCUGUGGGCGGAAACAGAUUAAAAAGUAUUCCUUCAGAGAUAGAAAAUUUACCCUGUUUGGAGAUGUUGUAUUUGGGUGGAAACCUUAUUACAGCCAUUCCUCCAGAAGUGGCGAACCUGCCCUGCCUCACUUACCUGGUGCUGUGUGAUAACCGUAUCCAAAGUGUGCCUCCGCAGCUGACCAGACUCCACUCUCUGCGGUCCUUAAGCCUCCACAACAACCUGCUCACCUACCUGCCGAGGGAGAUCCUGAGUCUGGUCCACCUGCAGGAGCUCAGCCUCAGAGGCAACCCGCUGGUGGUGCGCUUCGUCAAAGAGAUGACCUACGACCCCCCCUCGCUGCUGGAGCUGGCAGGACGAACCGUAAAGAGCCGGAAUAUUCCUUACUUCCCUCGUGACCUGCCCUCAAAUCUGCUGCGCUACCUGGACCUGGCCAGCAAGUGUCCCAACCCCAAGUGUGCGGGUGUGUACUUUGACUCGUGUGUCCGUCAGAUUAAAUUCGUUGACUUCUGCGGGAAGUACCGGCUGCCCCUCAUGCACUACCUGUGCUCCCCUGAAUGCACCUCCCCCUGCAGCUCCAACCCUCAGAGCGACGCCGAGUCCGAGGAGGAGAACAGCGUGCCGGCUGAUCGCCUUCAGAGGGUUCUUCUGGGCUGAAACUGCAGAAAUCUGAAGGAGCGGUGCUCGCUGCGGACUUAACUCGACACGUUUGUGUCUUCACGCACAACUGACGUCCGUGUUCAGCGUACUUCUACAUUCACCGACUUAAAACGCACAAAAUACGGGACGAUCUGUGGCAUUGGAAGUGUACAUUUUYUUUAGUUUGUUUUAUCGGACCACAUAUCAGUCCAUGAUUAAAAGAAGGGUUUAAGUUUUUACGCAUCUCUACCUGCUUGUCAGACGGUCAAACACAGGAGGGCAGUAAAACUCAAGUUUCUGUGAAGGUUGAAGGAGGAGCAGGAUUGCUUUUGUUUUUUAGGGCGAUACAUUUCCUCUUUAAUGCAACACAAUUCUACAUUUUUAAAGGGGAUUAAAUGUUUUUAGCUACUGCARUAGUUUCCAUGUCCAAGUGUCUCUUUAAGAUGUGGAAAACAAAAUUUCAAAUUAUGGAACUAUUAUUGUAGGAGAUAUUCUUAUUAAACUUCAUGAUGAAAACAAACCAUGUGGUGAUAUUUUAUCACUAAUUUCAUUAGUAUUAUGAUUGUUUAAUACUCUUAACUCAGCUAAAUUAGGGUAGUCUUAUGUGGAAGUCUGCUUGCUGACACAGGAAGUGGAUGUUGGGUGGGCCAGAGAAACCAUCCUCUCUGCACAGAAAUAGCUGUUGAACACAUUUACAGCCUUCAUGCAUUUAAAGAAGAGUUCUCUGAGCUUUAGCAAACAGAGAGAAACUUCAGUCAGAAACCGCUUUUGUUUCAAUUCUUACUUUAAAUAAAAAUGUCAUUUUAAACAGGAAAUAUUUGCCUUCUGGUUACAUCUCUAAGAAAGCUUUUUUUUUAAGAACUGUGGUAUUUUAUAGCUUUCCACACAGGUUUUGCCUGUAAGUGAGGAGGUCAGAUUGACCCCCCAGCUUCCGUUUUGAAACAUCUUCAAUGUUACAGCAGCACAGAUAUUUUUAGCAACUGCGACGUGCCUUACUAAUGGAGAGUUUUAACACGUAAACCAAGUGUUAGUAUAAAGAAAUGUGAUAUAUGCACCCUGAAAUGUGAUGCGCGUAACAAUAAUUGUUAUAAAUUCAUUUUUGUAUGAAUUUGUGCUUUAAGGUUAACCACAAGAAAAUAGAAAUGGUAACUUUUUGUGACAAAAUUAGCUUUUAUACCAACUUUUUGUGUGUGUCAAUCUACAUUUUAAGUGUCCUUUUAGAAUAGAUGACACAGUAAAUCUAAUGUGUAUGUGUUUACUCCUUAAAGAUCAUGUAAGGGAAAUGUAUGUAAACGCUAAUAAAGAAUAACAAUGCUUUU